GACCAUAAAAGUUUUGAAACAAACCACAACUGACUGGAAAAAAGCUGCCCCGAAGUGCCCUUCCUUCAGGUAUAAAGGAGUGGUUACUAUGGCUCUGCCCUCACUCUCGAGUGGAACUUCGUCAUGAACGCCAGAAUACUCUUCAUGCUGGCUCUGGCGACUUCGGUUGCCACAGACAAGCGUCCGGAUCCUUCUUUAUCCUACGGCCCUCCACAGGUAGGAGCUGUCGAUACAUCUGAAGAGAAAUUCAGGUCCCCCAAGUAUGGCUUCGACUGGACCGUCCAAGAUGGCUACACAAACAACGACUUCGCUCACCAGGAAAAUCGCGAAAACGACGACACCAGAGGGUCGUACAGCGUGCAGCUUCCCGACGGUCGUCGUCAGGUCGUGACCUACUACGUGGACGGUGACUCGGGUUACGUGGCCGAAGUCACUUACGAGGGCGAGGCUCGAUACCCGGACUCUGAUGAAGUCAGGUCCUACGUACCUCCCAGACCUCGCUACGGAGUCCCUGAAUCAGCUGAGUCAGUGGAGGGUCCUGUAUACACUUCUCCUAGUCCCAUUAUACCCUUAUAUAAGCCUCCAAGACCCGUUAUACCCAAAUAUACCCCUCCAACACCCCGAUAUUCUGAAUCUCAAAAGGAAGAAUCAGAUGAAGAUAUACCCGUAUAUACCCCUCCAAGACCCCGUUAUUCUGCACCUCAAAAGGAAGACUCAGAAGAGGAUAUACCCGAAUAUACUCCUCCAAGACCCCGUUAUUCUGCACCUCAAAAGGUAGAAUCAGAUGAAGAUAUACCUGUAUAUACUCCUCCAAGACCCCGUUAUUCUGCACCUCAAAAGGUAGAAUCAGAUGAAGAUAUACCCGUAUAUACUCCUCCAAGACCCCGUUAUUCUGCACCUCAAAAGGAAGAAUCAGAUGAAGAUAUACCCGUAUAUACUCCUCCAAGACCCCGUUAUUCUGCACCUCAAAAGGUAGAAUCAGAUGAAGAUAUACCCGUAUAUACUCCUCCAAGACCCCGUUAUUCUGCACCUCAAAAGGAAGACUCAGAAGAGGAUAUACCCGUAUAUACCCCUCCAAGACCUCGUUAUUCUGCACCUCAAAAGGAAGAAUCAAAUGAAGAUAUAUCUGUAUAUAUCCCUCCAAGGCGCACAUACGGACCCCCUCAGUGAUAUACAUAGACCCAAGUCAUCUCAUCUUGAAGUUCCUUAUUGAACAUAAAAACAGUUGAACAAGAGAACACAAGAACAUCCUAAUCAUACUCAAUAUUCAGUAUAUAUACAUCCCUGAUGUGUCUUCUCCAGUUUUAUUUUAGUUUACUUAUUUGAAGAACAAUGUUAUAGUUUCUCCUCUGCUUUGUUCUUCUCAGUCUCUUGUGCUUCAUUCUUCAUAUUCUCAUGUGUCUUGUUUUUCACAUUCAGUUGAUGUAAUGAAAGUGUUCUGUAUAUAUUUUGAGAGAACAGAAAUUAUUUAUUAA